ACUGCUGUCCAGUUCUUGAUUCCCUACCCAGUGCCCACUCAUUUUUCUUGUUCAUCUCAGGAAGGUUUCUACUGAACCUCUACUUUUUUGGCUACACGAUUCUUUAAAGACACCGAAAAAAAACCCAAUCUUUCUCCUACAAACUCUCUGCUUCAGCAAAUGGAAGCAGCUUUUGAAGUGGAUGGAGGAGGAGAGCGCCUGCUAGGUUUGGUAGAUGGGCACUCUCCUGAAAUGAAAAUAGAGGUGAGGGAUCUGACAAGGGUUUCUGACAAGGGUGUAAGAAUACUGAACAAACUCAACCUAGACAUUCCCAAAGGACUGAUCAUGGGGGUGAUCGGGCCGAGUGGCAGCGGGAAAUCCACAUUUCUUCGCAGCCUCAACCGGUUAUGGGAGCCUGCCUCUGCUACAGUGUUCUUGGAUGGUGUGGAUAUCUGUCAGCUUGAUGUUCUCAGCCUUCGUCGAAAAGUUGGUAUGCUGUUCCAGCUUCCUGUGCUGUUUGAAGGAACUGUUGCAGACAACGUGCGUUAUGGACCACAGUUAAAGGGAAACAAACUAAACGACAAUGAGGUAUACAAGUUAUUGGCUCUUUCAGAUCUCGAUUCCUCUUUCUACAACAAGUCUGGCGGAGAGCUAUCUGUUGGUCAGGCGCAAAGGGUUGCUCUCGCAAGAACUUUAGCUAACGAGCCAGAGGUUUUGCUGCUUGACGAGCCAACGAGCGCAUUGGAUCCGAUUUCAACCGAGAACAUAGAAAAUGCUCUGGUGAGACUGAAGAAAGAACAGGAAAUGACAAUCGUUAUAGUAUCUCACAGCAUCAAACAGAUACAGAGGAUUGCCGAUGUGGUGUGCCUUGUUGUAGAUGGGGAGAUUGUUGAAAUCUUGAAACCUGAUCGCCUCUCCGAGGCUAAGCAUCCCAUGGCACAAAGGUUCUUGCAGCUUAGCUCUUAAACUUUUAUAUAUUUGUCACAGCAGUCAGCCACGAAAAGUUGUACCGAUAAACUUGUGCAAUAUGUAUAAUAUGCCAUGUUGAUGAUCA